AUGUCAGACGACUGUUAUAAAUGUGGACGUCCCGGUCAUUAUGCUCGUGAUUGCCAAGCUGCCCCAAGAGGUGGUAGAGGUGGAGGCGGAGGUUAUCGCGGUGGACGUGGCGGUGGUGGUGGAAGAGAUCGUGACAAUAACGAUGGCCGUCGAGACAAAUGUUACAACUGUGGUGGGACGGGACACUUUGCACGAGAUUGUACAAAUGAUGGACAGCGAGGUGAUAGUGGCUAUAAUGGUGGAGGCGGUGGUGGUGGUGGUCGUUGUUACAAUUGUGAUGUUGCCAUCUAA